AUGGCUCUAAGAUCAAUUCUUUCGGAGGAAGAUAUAGCUCGGGCCUUAGAUAAUGUAGAUGAAGCCUUCUCAAAUGACGGGUCAGAUAGUGAGAGGGAUGAAGACGAAUUAUUGAUCGAUGACGUAGAAAGUGAUUACCAUGACGCUGACACUGAAGAAGUUGAAGAACAAGAAAGAAGACCAUUUUCAGAAUCAGUAAGUGUGUCACAAACAAACCCUCCGGCUUCAUCAGCUUCCAAUUCUAUUAUUAGUUUGACUCAAACUACCAUUCGAAGUAAAAAAUCGUCAUGUAUGGACUACUUAAAAAGGACGUACAUCUUCUCGAACUUCUGCGAUGAAUAUCGUUCGCGUGGUUAG